AUGCAGUGCCGCCCACCAACAGAAGGCCUGUUCAUCGAAGUCAAAGUGGCAGGCGACACGGCCACCGUCGUGUGGUGCGUGUGGGAGGAACUCUCCCCGCAUGGUACGGCCGACAUGCCGGAAUUCCAGGCACUCGAUAUGGCAGCCGCGUUGAGGGUGGCGAGCACCUAUGAGUCUUUUCUCGUCUUUGUCCCCGCCCCGUGGGGCACGCUGCGAUUCAGUUUGCGUUGUCCAAGCAGGUUCUCGGGCUGGUGCCGCCGGAGAUGCUGGAUGGCAAGUAGGUGCAGGCGGUCUUCCAUCUGA